CCUGUGUCCAUGAUGUGUUGUUUGCUGUCACGUCGCGUGUUGGGUGGGCAAGCACCGCGGUGGUACCACCAGUCGUAUUGCUGAAGUCUCGGAUCCUCGAUGCAACGCUUUUCCAAGCCUAUGACAUCGAACAAGGUGGCUCCCAGAGCUUUCUGUCUCCUGUGACGCCGACUUCCUGGCUGUUUUUUUCACCUUGAUGUAACUCGUAGUACAGUUCACUCGUUCCUGGUUGUCAUCUCCAGGGUCCCCAGCUCUAUCGGUGCGGCAUAUUUGGCUCUGGAAUAGGCAGAGGAACUGAGCCGAGCCUGCAGAAGAGAUGGAGUCGAAAAUGGCGAACCUGCACAUCGAUCUGCCCUCGGCGUCCAAAAUGAAGUCAAAUGCAAAGAAAGAGGAUGUAAUCGACUCCUGGGAGGACGAUGACCUGACUUCACCCGUCGAUGGUCUUGCCACGCCGACUGAUGGAUCAGGAUCAGGAUCAGGAUCAGGACCGCCCAUCAAAAGUAUGAGAUCCAAAGAUCCAGCCUUGAAACCUCCACCUCCCACACCCAUCUCCCCUCCCGGAAGCGGCGAGCAAUAUAUGAACUGGUCACCCGCCCAAGUAUUAGGAGGAGGUCGUCCCACACCAUAUAGCCCACCCACACCGUCCACACCGACAGGUUCAGAUCGAGAACGAGAGCAACGGAGGCCAGAGAAGACCACUGCCACAGCAAGCCGGAUGAUUGCUGCCGGAUUGGGUAUCAAGGCCCCUAAGAAGACUGAAGAACAAAAACAGUAUGAUCGUGCAGUCAGGGAGCAAGAGAUUCGACGCAAGAACAAGGAAAAGGAAGACAGGGAGCGAGAAAGGGAAGCCGAUGAGAAGUUGAAGGCGGCAGUUUGGGAUAGUUGACCGUUGCUUGCUCUUCUCCUGCGGCCAAGUUAGAACUCGCUGACAGCCUUGAUGUUGGCUUUUGGGUGGCUCUGUGUAGUGUCUGUUGGUUGCUACAAGUCUCAUGUAGGAUUCGUUAUGCUCUGAGGAUAUCGUAGGGACAAGGAUUAUUCUCGAGCAGUCCUCGAAACCAUGCGAUGUGUCGAGCAAACCCACCAUUUUGUUAGGAAUAUACGUAUGCUCUAUAGGCUUC